GACUUACUCUGGCUACUAUCAUGUUCGUUCUGGGCAUCCUCAUUAUACUCAGCAAGAAAGUGAAGUGUAGGAAGUCAGACUCCAGAUGUCAGCUUCAGGACACCUCUACUUUCUAUUCCUCCUCCUGGGCUUGGCCCCAUCUUCAUGGACCCAAGGCACAUCGAUGGUCCCCGACUUAGACAUGAUGGAGAAAAACCAUUCCACCCCAUCUGAGGAGCCACUUGCUUCAAGCUUAAGCACAGCUCUAGGCCCAACCACCUCAGAGCUCCUGCUGACUUCGAGGGAUCCUGUCAAGGACGAGGAGGACACAGGCCAGACUCAGCCAGAGAAUAAGAUGGGAACAACCUCAGCGAUGGGUAACAUGGAACCUAGAACUGUGGCCAGCAGAACAAGCCCCCAGACUCCUUCCACAUCUUCUGGUAUGGAGGAGUGGAAUCCCUUCAAAAGUAAUGAAUAUACUCUCCGAAAGAGGGGUCUAAUUGCAGCUGCUAUACUCUUCAUCACAGGCAUCCUCAUCCUCACCAGUGAUCGGUGCCGCCAAUUCCGCUGGUGCCGAAGGCAGCAGCGAAGUGCCUAUAAGGUGACCCAAGCCUGAGGCCCCAAACUCUAAUGAAGAGGUACCAAUGGAACCGUAACCACUGAAGGACCUCCAAGACUCUGACAACCCUGAGGCUCAGAGAGCUCUGGGAAGAAAGUACCACUGACCAGCCCUUUGUCUGGUUUCUCAUCACCAUAACGUCUUUCUGAAGAAGGCACCAGCUUCCCCAAUUUCUAGAUCUCCCUGGCCUCUGACACCCCCACCCCAACCCAAGAUCCCAAGUUUCUCAGCACCCAGCAUGGUGCCAAAUGCUCAAUAAACAUUUGCGGGACAAAUGGA